AUGGAUAUCGUUGUUUCUACUUCUGACAGUCCGGAAGCGUCACCUGAUGAUAUCUUAAUCGACUUCAAAAAACGACUUCUAAUCGGUUGUCUUCUUGGAUCAUCAAUAACACUUUUAGCAGUGAUUUCAACUGGAUUCAUUCUAUCAAAAAAAUUAUCGAAAAAUUUCGAUACGACGAUAACAACAACAGAAACUACUUUACCAAAUCAAUCCUCAACAACAACAAUCGAAACUGUAACAUUUUCAUCGAAAUUCUGUUCAAUUCCAACUGUAAAUGGUAAAUGGAAUGAAUCAGGUUUUCUAUUAAUAAAUCCCGGAAGUGAAUGUUCUUCAAAUGAAUAUGGUUUAUGUAAUCCUGGAGAUUUCUUUUUUGAUGAUAUUCACAAUACUCUUUAUGUUGCUGAUACAAAAAAUGAUCGAAUACAAAAAUAUUCUCUAAAUGGAUCAUUUAAUCCGAAUCCAGGUCUUCUUGGAGUUACUGUAGCCAGUAGAAAUCUUUCUUCUCCACAAUCUCUCUUUGUUGAUGUUCAAACAGAAGAUAUUUAUAUUUUGGAUUUUCUUAAAAAUGAUACAACUGAUAAUAAAGCAGACAUUGUUUCGUAUCGUGUUCAUUUAUGGAAGAAAAACGAUCAAAUUGGAAAGAUUUUACUGAGCGAACAAGGUGAAUAUUUAUAUUCACAAUUUAUUCAUCGUUUAAGAUUGGAUAAACAAAUGAAUAUUUAUGUUGGAACGAGAUAUUUCAUUAAGAAAUGGUUGAAAUCAACUGAUUAUACCCAAAAUGUCAUUGUAGCGGGGGAAAGCCAAUUGAAUUUAACCGCACAAAGUAAUCUUUGGGAUCCAGUGGGAUUUGUUGUUGCUGAUGAUUUAACAUUAUUUAUCGCUGAUUGGCANUCAGAAACGAGUCAUUGUUACAGAUCAAGGUGA